GCCAUGUCCAAGCUGGGGCUGCGGCAGAUCCACGGCGUCACCCGCAUCACCAUCCGCAAGUCCAAGAACAUCCUCUUCGUCAUCACCAAACCCGACGUCUUCAAGAGUCCCGCGUCUGACAUCUACAUCGUCUUCGGGGAAGCCAAGAUCGAGGACCUGUCGCAGCAAGUGCACAAGGCGGCGGCGGAGAAGUUCAAGGUGCCGAUGGAGCACUCGCCCCUCAUCACGGAGACGGCGCCCACCCUCACCAUCAAGGAGGAGAGUGAGGAGGAGGAAGAGGUGGACGAGACGGGGCUGGAGGUGAGGGACAUCGAACUGGUGAUGGCUCAAGCCAACGUCUCGCGCCCCAAAGCCGUGCGGGCGCUUCGGCACAACAACAACGACAUCGUCAAUGCCAUCAUGGAGCUGACCAUGUAG